AUGCACGAGGACCUCGCCGGCAGGACUCGCGUCUUUACUGACGGCUCUGUACUGCAGGAGCACUCUGCUGCAGCAGCCUGUGUCGCCCCCGAGCUCGCCACUGACGUACAGAGACGCCUGAGCUACUGCGCCUCCUCUACCACUGCCGAGCUGGUGGGUCUACAGCUAGCUGCCGAUCUCCUUCGCGAGUCGCCGGCGGUCACUGGCGCGGCCAUCUUCUGCGAUUCCAGGGCAGCGCUGCGCCAACUCGCGAUGGAGGACCGCGGCCCUCCGCUCGCCCAGCGCGUCGCCCAGAGCCUCCUGGCACUUCGUCGUAGUGGUUGCGACGUGGUCCUGCAAUGGCUACCAUCCCACGUCGGCAUCGCGGGCAACGAGGCGGCGGACGAACUCGCGAAGCGAGCACACUCGAGCGCGACCCCGCUCACGGACUACGCAACAUCGUUCGACUCGGCGCGCAUCAACUUUCGCCGUGAGUUGAUGCGAGAGCAUCCAGACGCGCGCAUCGCCGCUGGACGCGCCCCACCUCCCCUUCCUGCAGCUGGCUUCUCGCGCCGCGAUCGCGCGCUCCUCGUCACCCUGAGGACCGCCUAG